GUGGUUAUCGCGAGUUUACCUGUGCAAGACAGACAGGUUGGCGGCUUUUAAUUCUCUUUUUUUAUUCCUUUCAGUUCUUCUCUUUGGUCGCUCAUUCAUUUAAACAGUUUUUUCUCACUUCCUUGUUCGCAUUUUUACGUUUAAAGGUGAUCCUACUGCAUUAUUGCGAGGUCCUACCGGUGCUGGGAAUUUCAGUGAGUUAUUAUUCUGAUUGGCGUAUUACAGUCUGUCAGGGUUUUAGAUACAUUAACACAUUAAUUUUCAACAAAAUGCAUCUUUAUACCAAAUCCAUAAUUUUCCAAUUGAUUUAUGGGAUCUGCUUUAUUGCUACAGUCUCAGCGUGCCAAAGACAAAUACUCCGAGCAAAUGGAGUAACCGAGGAAGAGAAACGAACCAUUAUCGACCAUCAUAACAAAAUGCGGCAAAGCGUUGCUUUGGGACAAAUUGGUGGGCAACCACCGGCAUCAAAUAUGAUGGAAAUGAAAUGGGACGACGAGUUAGCAAACAGAGCGCAAUGGUGGGCCUCGUCCUGUCAUUCAGAAAGACAUGACAAGGGUAGACAUAAUUCUCGGUUUCCUGUAGGACAAAACAUUGCAACGACUUGGACCACAAAACCACCAUCAAGCUAUGAAGACAUAGAAUCGAACUUUCCUUAUGCCAUGAGCAAGUGGUUUGAUGAGUAUAAGUUUUUUAAUUUCGGAGGCAUUGGCAGUGGCAAAACUGGACAUUAUACACAAAUGUUAUGGGCGGAAACAAACCUUGUCGGAUGCGGUUUCGCUUUCUAUUUUGACCCUUCACAAGGUUAUACGAAGAAUUACGUAUGCAAUUAUGGACCAGGAGGGAACGUUCGUGGCCAACCUCCUUAUGAAAAGGGAUAUCCGAGCUGUAAUCAGUUUGGAUUGCAGGAAUCCAGACAGUAUUCCGGACUUUGCUCAAAACCCAGCAAUUAUUACUUCGGAAUUUCUAAUUUCAUACUGGACAGAAUCAGCCGCUAUUAAAGUAAUUUCGCCUGCCUUAAACGUAGGAGGAGUAAGAGAAGCGCUUAUAAGUGUACCUAAAUAGCAGUUAAAGCAUUGUGAUUAAUUUAUAUAGUUAAUUUUAAUCCGGAAAGAGGAUGGUAGGCACUUUUGUUAGGUGCAGAAAAAUUAAUGUCUGUUGCAUUAUAACAGGGUCAAAAUAUUUGCCUUUUUAAGUGGAGAUUGCUUGGGAUCAAAAUCAAAAUCUCGUUGCACCAGAAAAAGUCAUUAUGCCUUCAUAUAGUGAUAAGUAUUCACAAUUGAGAAGCCAUUUCAACUAGUCGAAUAGCGAAAUCUGUUGGAAGUCCUAGAAAAGAAUCAGCGUCUUUAAUAAGAGCAUUUACAGUUUAGCUUUACAGUUUAUUUUAAGUUUCCUCAGAAAGUGAUGAAAAUUUAAACGAAUAUAAUAUGGUAAAAACUCUCAACUGAAAAAGGCAAAAAUAAUUGACUUAGAAGCUGAUAAUAUUAAUUAAAGUUCAUAGAUGAAGUUCUCAAGAAGCAACAGACAUUUUUUUAAAUCAACUUAUAUACUGGCAAACAGUCUUUAUGGUAAAUUACUAUCAGUAUCCUCAUAAAGAAAAUACAUAGAAAAUUAUAUAAUGGAUGGUGGCACUCAACGUGGGUCCAAAUUGUACUUUUUCGUCAUAUUAUUUCAAUCCUAAGACGUUUUAAAUCGAUUUUUGGUUCAACGUUGAAUGCCAUCUAUGCUUCCUUGCCAGUCAAAAUUUGCUCUUUCUAUUUAAUAAACUGUAGUAAUUGUUAUUAAAAAUAAGUUUUGUGUUUUAACAAAAUUUUAAUGCUAAUAGUUACCUAAACUGUUAUUAUUGUUUAUAACAUUUAUUAUUUGUAUAUUAUUCUUAUAUAUAUAAACAAUACCAAACGCAUGCCAUAUUGAAAUAUGGUUUAAGAUAAUAUUUUGUAUUCUUAUAUUUUUCUAGCUAAAACAUAAUAUUUUAAAUAAGUUUACAUUCGUAGAAUGUACAUGAUUACACAUAGAGUUAGCGAUAGAAGGAAAGCUUUAAAUUUUUUAUUCUUUAAGUAUUACUUUUUAAAGUCUAUAGAAAUAGAUGUAGACAAUAAAUAUUUUUAUAUUA